GAAAGUAUUUUUUUUCUCUGCUUGUGUAGUUCUUCUCUCUUCUCCUGUGAAAAAACCCUCUGCUUUCGUGCUUGAAAAACAAAUCACCAAGAAAGAUCGAUCAGACUCUUCAUCAACAUCGAAACCUGCGUUCUAGGUUUUAGAAGAUGGUGCAGUACCAGAGACUAAUCAUCCACCAUGGAAGAAAAGAGGAAAGUGGUGGAAGCGGCGGUUGCUGCUACUCCAAGAGAGCUAAACAAAAGUUUCGUUGUCUUCUCUUCCUCUCUUUCCUCUCUUGCUGUUUCGUCAUGUCUCCUUAUUACCUCUUCGGCUUCUCCACUCUCUCCCUCCUAGAUUCGUUUCGCAGAGAAAUCGAAGGUCUGAGUUCUAAUGAGCCAUUCAAUACCCCUCUGUGCUCCGAAAUCUCCAAUGGAACCAUUUGUUGUGACAGAACCGGUUUGAGAUCUGAUAUAUGUGUUAUGAAAGGCGAUAUCCGAACAAACUCUGCUUCUUCCUCAGUCUUCCUCGUCACCGCCUCCACCAAGAACAACACAAAACCGGAAAAGAUCAAACCUUACACCAGAAAAUGGGAGACUAGUGUGAUGGACACAGUUCAAGAACUCAACCUCAUCACCAAAGAUCCGAAAAAAUCUUCAGAUAGUGUCUGCGAUGUGUACCACGAUGUUCCUGCUGUGUUCUUCUCCACUGGUGGAUACACCGGAAACGUUUACCACGAGUUUAACGACGGGAUCAUCCCCUUGUUUAUAACUUCGCAGCAUUACAACAAAAAAGUUGUGUUUGUGAUCGUCGAGUAUCAUGAUUGGUGGGAGAUGAAGUAUGGAGAUAUCGUUUCGCAGCUCUCGGAUUAUCCUCUGGUCGAUUUCAGUGGAGAUGCGAGAACGCAUUGUUUCAAAGAAGCAACGGUUGGAUUACGUAUUCACGACGAGUUAACUGUGAAUUCUUCACUGGUCAUUGGCAAUCAAACUAUAGUUGAUUUCAGAAACGUUUUGGAUCGGGGCUAUACUCAUCGUAUCCUAAGCUUGAUUCAGGAGGAAACAGAGGCCAAAGUGACGGCACUCGAUUACAAGAAGAAACCAAAACUGGUGAUUCUAUCAAGAAACGGAUCAUCGAGGGCGAUACUAAACGAGAAACUUCUGGUGGAGCUGGCAGAAGAAACAGGAUUCAAUGUGGAGGUCCUCAGACCACAAAAAACAACAGAGAUGGCUAAGAUAUAUUGGUCGUUGAACAGGAGCGAUGUAAUGAUCGGUGUACAUGGAGCAGCAAUGACUCAUUUCCUUUUCUUGAAACCAAAAACCGUCUUCAUUCAGAUAAUCCCGUUAGGGACGGAUUGGGCGGCAGAGACAUACUAUGGAGAACCGGCGAAGAAGCUCGGACUGAAGUACAUUGGUUACAAGAUUGCGCCGAAAGAGAGCUCUUUAUAUGAAGAAUAUGGUAAAGAUGAUCCUGUAAUCCGAGAUCCGGAUAGUCUCAACGAUAAAGGAUGGGAAUAUACCAAGAAAAUUUAUUUACAAGGACAGAACGUGAAGGUUGACUUGCGAAGAUUUAGAGAAACGUUAACUCGUUCGUACGAUUUCACCAUCAGAAGAAGAUUUAGAGAGGAAGUUCCUCGUUUACAUGUUACAUAGAGAUAUGUUUAUUAUAGAGAGAAAAUCAGAAGAAAGUUUAUUGGUUUUUCUA